UCCGUCCUCUCGAGUUCACAAAACCCUGGUCGAGCGGAGCUCCCUUCCUCGCUCUUCCUCUUCCCGGAGUCAGCAAACCCUCCAGAAAGGGAAGGGGAGAAGAAGAAAGGAGGAACCUAUCGCCACGCGUGAGCCGGCGAACGAGAAUUUAGGUGAUGGACCGGAAGAUAGGCCUGUUGCUGCUCAUACUUUCCAUAUGUGUUUGCUCGGAGGGCGCAGUGUUCGCUCCCAUUUCGGAUCGCCACCGAUCCGCGGCAUUGGAGUUGUUCGCGCCGUCCGAAGAUGGUUCCUUCGGCGGAUUCCAGGAAAUGUAUGAAGCGUUGAGAACAUUUCAAAUUCUUGGAAUUGAACCUAAUACCGAAACAAAGCAAUCGUCUUGCCAUCUCUUGUCAGAAUCUCUUGACCCUUCAUCUGCCAAAAUAGAUGAGCUCUUUUAUGCUCUUAAAGCUAAAUCCAUCGGUCAUUGCCAAAUAGGUUCUGCGAUUCUUGAGGAAAUCAAGUUGAGGCUUCAAAGCAUUGUGAAAGAUGCUAGUUCGUUGUCUGAUUACUACUACGCAGUUGGAGGAUUGGUUUCCAUCAAGGAGGAGAGUCAUGAGAAUAAUAACCUGCUUGCUGAUGCCAGUGGUGUUUUUCGCUCAAUUAAGUCGCUUAGUCAGAGUGAUGGGAGGUGGCGAUACAAUUCUGACGGUGCGGAAUCAAGUACCUAUGCUGCAGGUAUGGCAUUUUCAGCCCUUGCUGGAGUAAUCUCAUUGGCCAGUUCUGAAAUUGAAGAGUCAAUGAUUGACAAUGUCAAAGGUGACAUCAUAAAGCUUUUUGGCAGCCUGGAGAGCUAUGAUGACGGGGUGUUAUAUUUUGAUGAGAAGCUUGUUGAUGCUACCUAUAAUUAUGGCCCUCUGUCAACAACUUCAUCAGUCAUUCGUGGAGUUGCUGCAUUCACAGCAGUUACAUCUGGGAAGCUUAAUAUUCCAGGAGAGAAGCUUUUGGGUUUAGCCAACUUUUUCCUUAGCAUUGGAAUCCCUGGCAGUGGCAGUGAUUUGUAUCUUCAGCUUGACUCUUUAGCUGUCUUGGAUAACAACAGGAUUUCUAUUCCUCUGAUAUUAUCCCUUCCAGCUUCUGUACUUUCACUGACAUCAAAGGACCAGCUUAAGGUUAAAGUAAGCAGAGUGUUUGGGUCCGAAGCACCUCCUCUGACUGUAACAAUUGUACAAGCACAUAAUCCUCUCUUAAAAGAUUCACCAGCAAUUCAAGACAAGGAAAUGGAGUUUGACUCAGAGACUUCUGUUCAUUCUAUUGAUUUUCUUUCUAAUGGUGUUGAUGUUGGAAAAUAUGAUGUAGAGUUUAAGAGUUCACUCAACGAUCCUGAGCAAGGAAAGGCUUAUUCCACUGGAGGACAAAUUCCUGCAAAAAUAUAUGUCACUGGAUUAAUCAAAAUUGAUGAAGCAGAAAUAGCAGUUUUGGAUGGCGACAAUGGAAGAGCUGAGAGUGCCAACAAGCUUGACCUUUCUAAAGAAAAUGUUCUGUCACUCUCUGCAAACCAUCUACAGAAAUUGAGACUUUCCUUCAAACUAUAUAGUCCUCAAGACAAGAUUUUUAAGCCACAUCAGGUGUUUUUGAAGCUGAGACAUGAGACAAAAAUAGAGCAUAUAUUCAUCAUUGGGAGUUCUGCAAAUCAGUUUGAAGUGACACUGGACUUCCUUGGUCUUGUUGAGAAGCUUUACUAUCUCUCUGGAAAAUAUGACCUUGAACUCACCAUAGGUGAUUCUGUGAUGGAGAACUCGUUUUUACAGGCUCUUGGCCACCUGGAUUUAGAUUUACCUGAUGCUCCAGAGAAGGCAGCUCGACCCCCUCCUCAGCCUGUUGACAUUUACUUGAGAUUUGGUCCUAGACCUGAGAUAGCACAUAUCUUCAGAACACCAGAGAGGCGUCCUCCCAAAGAGCUUUCCCUUGCAUUUUUGGGUUUUACUUUGCUUCCACUUUUUGGAUUCCUAAUUGGGUUACUUCGUCUGGGAGUCAAUUUGAAGAACUUUCCUUCAUCAACAGUACCUGCAUCUUUUGCCAUCCUAUUCCAUGCUGGCAUUGCAGCUGUUCUCUCACUGUAUCUGCUUUUCUGGAUUAAGCUUGAUCUAUUCACAACGCUGAAAGUUCUUGGUGUUUUGGCUGUCUUCCUGGUCUUUGUGGGCCACAGGACACUGUCUCACAUGGCUUCCACAUCUGCAAAACUUAAAUCAGCGUGACUGGUGAAUUUGAGUUCCCUUUGAAGAGGUUUGGAUGGCUACUCAAGUUUUGUAGCUCUAGUAGCAGUAUUGCAUAGAUUUCAUCCUUUAUCAUUUUUUUUCUACCUUGAUGUAGAAUAGAAAGCAGUGACUGCAAGCAAACAUUGUUUAGAACGUUAGUACAUUUUCUGCCUUUAUUUGCCUUCUGCAAGAGCCACCUUUUGAGCCCAAUGGAUAUUUGCAAGGGUGCUGUGGCGAAAUUCUCUUCAAAUUCCAAGAUCCUAUGGGAAGUCUUUAAGAAUUGCUUCGUGUGUGUUGAGGGACUGCUUCAUAUGUCAAAGGGGCCAAGAAAGAUCUGUAAUCUCUUAAGAUUAUUACAACUGAUGUAGAUUAAAAAGUGUUAUCAUGCAAAAGUAGUUCGUGGAGAAAAGUUUUUUUCGACC